AUGGACCACUACACAAAUAUGGCCUGGAAGUAUUUAUUCCCGCGCAACUGCUCGGCCGUCUUGUUCAAGGAGAUGGACUUUACAUCCCACUGUGCCAGAAUGGCGCUUUUCCGCCUGUUUUCGAUUUUUGUGACAAGCGCCUCGACAUUGGUCUACUUCCCGCAAUUUGCCAAGAUUCUGAACGCCAGAAAUUCGCAGGGAAUUAGCUAUUUGGCCGUGUUUCUCGGAAUGAUCUCGAGCGCUGGGACGGCCGCCUAUGGAUUUCACAAGGGGACGACGUUCAGUAAAUACGGUGACUCGGUGUUCCUCCUCAUCCAACAAAUGCUCCUAUUCACCCUAAUUCUCUACUAUUCCACCCAUUCCUCAUUUGCAUUCGCGUUCAUCGCCACCUGCUGGGCGGCCAUGUUCGCCGUGAUCGGCCAGUUUGUGCCGGUUACGGUGUUAAGGGCUAUUUUUCAGUAUUCAGUACCGAUCGGGAUAGCUUCCAAGCUAGUCCAAGCCCGGUUAAACUUCAAGAACAAAUCGACCGGCCAGCUGUCACUGCCCUCGACGUUUUUGGUGAUUUUUGCCGACCUCGGCCGUUGCCUAACGAAACGAAAAGAACCGCUGCAAAUGGUCGGGAUGCGCGGCUUUUCGGUGGCCAUCAGCUUGCUAUUACUCUGGCAAUUUAGGAUAUACAAGGGGAAAGACGUCGCCGAGCCGGUCAAGAUCAAGGAAGCACCUGUAAAGGCGAAGCGAAGGGAGAAGAAGAAGUCAGAA